AUGAUUCCGCCCGAUUCUCACAAGAGGAAAAGAUGGAUCCCUGUCACCUGCAGUCCUCGCCUUGACCCUCGCCGAUCCGUAGCCGAGUCCUCCUGCAACGAGAUCCUCCUCUUCCACCCCGCGGCGCAGCCGGCCGGCGGCGCGAGCGCCUGCGGGGCGUCCGCCUCCACCUCCCCGCGGCGCAGGCGGCCGGCAGCGCAACGGUCGUGGCGCAUCCUCCCUGGCGCCGUUCCUUCGCGCAGAUGGACGCGCUCAUCGCGCGGAGAUGGCGGCGGCAGCGGCGGCGAACAAACGGGUGCAGGAGAGGAAUUGGGUAGUGGGGUCCGCGCAUCCGCAUCUGGCGGCGUCCACGACCACGGGGAGGGGUUCGCGGGAGGAGACGGGCUCCGAGCUAGGGUCCCACGAGCCAGCAGCACCCCGCCGCGCAUCCUCCCUGUCGAGCGCGAGCCGCGCCGCCUCACCCUGGCCGUCCGCGCAGUCUCCGGUAGCCCCAGGCCAGACGGAUUGCCAGUGCCCAGGCGGUCGCCGGCGCUAGCGGACGUCGUGGCCGUGGCGCCGACCUCCACGCCAUUGUCGGCCUCCUCGGCCAUCGAUUUCCUCACGCUGUGCCAUCGCCUCAAGACCACUAAAAGGAAAGGAUGUAUAAAUCAUAGCAUCAAGGGCUCUGAAUCUAUUGCUGAUCACAUGUACCGUGUGGCCUUAAUGACUCUGAUUACUGGUGACCUUCCCGCAGUCCCGCUGUGGGUCGAGAAAGGCGCAUCACUAUACAUCUGUUUUUGUUUGAGCCGAUUGGUCCGUUGGAGUGGAGGUGGUUGGUGGGUUGUGCUAAUCCAGAAGCUGGUUACAGCUAACUGGAAGGCAAACAUAGGAAGCUCCUGCCUUAAGCCAAGAAGGAUUUCAAGAGCGAUAGUAGUAUGGUUUGAGGUGAAGUAAUAAAAUGUUUGGGUCAAGGCAUCAAGAGUACAGAGGAAGGGUAAAAUGUUGUUUUACCAUUGUUCGGGAACUGGCUCAUGGAGAUGACAGAGCAACAGAGCAAGAAUAAAGAAAAAAAAAAGAGGCCAAAGGUUUGCCAAGGAACUGAGUCACAAAAGAAAGAUGUUGCUGCUGAGAUCUUGAAAGGUAACUGAUUGGUCCAUCAUACUUGAACAAUAUGUGGAAUUUCCGAGUGUAUUUCAACGAUCAUGUUCUGCACUAAAGAUUACUACGGUUUGACCAAAGCAAAGUGGUUGGUUUGUCGAUCUGCAAGAUGAAGUUCCAUCCUCCUGUCCCAGCAAUCUAAGCACUACUUUCAUCUUAGAUCUUCAGAGGAUAACGUAGUAGCUGAUGCUAAGUAUAGUAGUAGUGUAGACCUGAAUAGUACAUGACACUGCAGGAAGGUAACCUAAUGGUGUUGCCCCUCCCUCUUUUUUUUUUUUUUAGAUUCCCCUUCAUCUCUGGUAGAUAAUAAGUAUCAGCUGCCACUCAAUUCCACAAUAGGUGACACUACGUAGGAUGUGAAGCUAUGUAAUUCUUCAUACUCCUUUUGUCCUCGUGUUGCUAUGAAAUAUAUUGGAUACUAGGGUUACAAUUUUAUUAAGACAUAAGAAGUGUGUAAUGUCAAAAUAAUAUGAAGCCCAAAUUAUGUGAUGA